AUGCGAGCAGAGGAUCUUCCAUGGCAUCCUAAGACAAACCGCCCGCUCAAGUCGGGCGCAGAUCUGCUGUUCGACUACUUUACCGAGGAAGGAUCGAUUCAAGGCAUGACCGAGGACUAUCUGCUGUGCCUGGGCAAAGCACCCGGCCUCGACAAUGAAGCGAUGACUCAAUGGACGCUCAGAGGAUUGAAGUCGGCGUUCGAGGCAGUCAAGUCGAUAUCAGGAGCGCCGGCACAUCUCGUCGUUCUGUGGGGCGGCGAAGACUUCAUGAUACCGCGCAAAGGAAGGGAGUGGCUUGACUCGGUGCUCAAAGAUGCGAAGUUUGCGAGCACGAUCAAGUAUCAGCAAUGGGAGAUGGCGGAAGGCGGUCACGAUGCCACUUUGUUCUCUGAAGAAGUGAUGCUGGACGUGAUCAGGUUCGUUGCCGACGACAACACAGAGUCAACCUAG